CAAUCAUAUAAUAGGAAUCCUACUAGAAAGAAUCAGCAUAAGAAUUGUCCCACUAAAGAUGAUCCUCGAGUGGCUGCAGCACUAAUUGAAUAUCAACACCACAACAUUACAGACAAGUUCGCAAUCAGAGACCUCUUGUUGGCUGAACACAGGAUUACCAUGAGGUAUGCCAGCCAAGUGACGACACAAGAGAUGCCAGAGACGCAGAAGCGGCAACUUCUACUUGAUGAGUUAGUCAAUGAUCCAAUGCGACGUCAAGGGCCACAAAGAGUCAAGGAGAGCAUAGCAAUGGAU